UUAUACAUCACGUGACACUCACCUUGCAAAUUCACUAAAAUGGCCGACAGGCGUAGAAGGCGAGAACCUGUUGAUAGUGAAGAGGAUGCAGAGAAAAUUGUGACUGACAAACAACCGAUUAGAAAAUCGGAAUGUGAAAGUGAACAUGGAGAUGCUGAUGGAGAUGUAGAUCUAUCCGAGUAUGAAAGUGCUGAUGAAGAAAAAAAAGAUGAUGAGGAUGAUGAAUCAGAAGAAGAUAGUGAUGAUGAUGAUGAUGAUGAUGAUGAGACAGAUGAUGAUGAUGAAACAGAUGAUGAUGAUGAUGGUCAAGAUAUAAAUGUUGUUAUAGAAGGUGAUGAUGAUGAUUGGGUUGAUGAAGAAAGACAGAGUGGUGAUGGAGAGGAACAGCCAGACUCAAAAGAUGUUGAUGAUGAUGAAGAUAGAAAAAAUCCAGCUUUUGUUCCGAGAAAAGGUGCCUUUUAUGAACAUGAUUCGAGAGAGAAAGACUCAAAGCCACCUAAAGAGGAAGAGGAGGGGGAUAGAGCUAAUAGUAAGAAACGAUUGUGGAAAGAUGAUGGUAAGUGGUUACAUGAUGGAUAUAAUGAAGCACAACAAGCACCUAAAACCCAGGAAGAAUUAAUAGCAAUUUAUGGGUAUGAUGUUAGAGCUGGUAGUCAACCACCUGAAUAUAGACCUAGACCCAGGAGAGGUGGUGGCAGGGGCAGAAGACCAGGAGAAAAUACCAGAUUUGGUGAUUAUAUACAAACAGAUAAAAUAGACGAUAAACAAACUUCUAGUCAGUUCCGUAGAUCACAUUCAGAAGAAACAGAAUACAUACCCAUGGAAUAUCGAACACCUCCGUCUUACAGGAACGAUGACAAUCGUUCAAAAUCUGAUUAUAAACCUCGAAAUAAACCGUAUAACAACCGAUCUAAAAAUAAAUCAUUUGAAACAGACAAUAGACAAAGAGAAGAUAACUAUCAAUAUGACAGUCGUGCUAAGGGAGAUAACUAUCAAUAUGACAAUUUUUCUAAAGGAGGUAACUAUCAAUCUGAAAAUCAUAGUCGAGGUGAAAGGUCAGAUUAUCGUUCGCGUGAUAAUAAAUCCUACAAUGACUACAGCAAAUCAACAACAGAUUAUAGAAAUAAUGCAUCAAAUCGUGGAUAUUCUACAGACAAUUACCGACAAAAUACGGGCUAUCAUGCUCAAGAUGAGCAUCAUGAGAGUGAUAGCUAUCAAUAUCGUGGUCAAAAUAGGGCCCAGAGGGGUAGAGGGCGAGGCCAAAAGCGCUAUCAAGAUGGCGAAAAUGAAAGUCGUAACUUUGCUCCAGGCAGUCAAAAUAAUUCACCUAGACAAUUUACAAAUUCUAACUAUCGAGCCCCAGAGAAAACUGACAAAACUCGGUUUGAAAAUAAUGAACCUGCUGAUAUCCAGCAAACUAAAGAAGAUGUUGUUAUAUCCAAUAAAGAAAAUGUUCAGACAAUUAGUGUAACGAUAACAAAUACAACAACAGAGAAAAAAUCGUACAGUAAAGAUCGUAGAAUGAAAUAUGUAGGAGGAAGACCACGACAACAGGAUGAAGCAAGUAAUUAUGUGGCUUGUCAAGGUACUGGGUCUGUAAAGUCUGAAGUACCUGAUACUGGUACACAACCUACACAAUCUUCUACACCAGAAACGAGUGAAACAUCUACAAAACCUAGUAAAAAUCCAGCAUCUUCUUCCACAGGAAUAACUAAAUCUGAUAAUUCCUUACAAACUCGUCCUAAACGAUAUUCAUCUCAACGUCAACGACCAGGACCAGAUGUUGGUUAUAACAAACAGAUAGAGGGAAGUAAUUAUUAUAAUCAAGCUUAUCCUAAUACACAGUUUUAUUCUGGAACUGAUCAAUCACCAUCACAAGAUAGUCCAACAUUUCAACCAAUUCUACAACCAAGUGGUAUAACAUAUCCCCUACCAGUUUCCUCUUCAAACAUGCCAACAGCUCCAAGAUUAUACCCACCUUCCCCAGCACCUAUAGCAAGCUCUGUACCUUCUAACUUACCACCAGCUCCCCAUCCUCAGAUAAUACCAUCACAAUAUCUGGGUCAGGGUACAGUUAUAUAUGGGGCUGCACCACCUGGCAUUACCCCAGCCCCACCUUUUUCUGUACCCAUGGGUUUUGCUGGUGGUACCCCACCUCAGCCGAUCCAGUCACCACCAUCACAACAACCCGAAGUUUAUCGAGGAGGAACGAUCUAUUAUCCUCCAGAACUUCAACCAGCGAAUCCCCACAGAUCCCCUGUGAGAAGAUUGAAGUCAGCAAUACCAAUAGUCAACCCACAGGAGAUAAAACAGGGCAAUAGAAGACAAACUGAGAUACUAGAAUCUGAUGAACCACAGGAUGGACAUCAAGAGUAUAUACAACAGGAAGGCAACUAUGAUCCUUCAGCAGCAGAUGGUGAUGACACAGAGGACGUAAGGCAAGAAUUAAAAGAAAUUACAUCCGCUUUAGUAAAUCUGGAAGGGGAACUGCGAGCAGGUAGUACAAAAAUACGACAAAAAGAAGAGGAUAUGAAAACAAGAGAUUUGCAACAAAAACUUGAUUCAUAUCUUCAAAGUGUUGAUACAUCUGACAGUGACGUCACAAAGACUGUUUCUAGUGUUGUUGACCGUUCCGAUAAAACUGUGUGUGAGAGUGAUACUGCUGCAACAGGUGCUGGCAAGAGAGAUUCUAUCACAUUUAAAAAAGAAUCUCUUAUUCAGAAUCUAGAAAUGGGUGAAAUGCGUUCAGAAAAAAUCCCUGAAAGAAGUAAAAUAAAAGUUAAAACAGAGGACGAAGAUGCGGACAGUGUGAAGACUGAAAUAAGUGUAGAUAACAUGAAAUCAUCAACAUCCAAGACUGAAAUUAAACUAGAGAAAGAAUUGGCUGUGAGUCAGACAGAAACUGAACAAAAUAUAAAAACUGAAGCAGUUUUAACUACUGAUGGUACAGUCCAUCAUAGUGAAGCUCAACUAGAGAAAACUGUGCAUACAAAAAUAUUAACGGAAGACAUUAAAAUUACCACAGAUAACAUACAAAAUAAAAGCGAUGUAGUUGAAGAUAAUACAAUCAUAGAUGCAAGUAGUGAAACGGUAACAGACUCUAAAACUAGUGAAAUUACAGAAUAUACAAACAAAUUAUAGAAGUUGAUGUUUACUAGACCUCUGCAUGACGUAUUGUUUUACAACAUUCAUUUAACUUGUAUUUAUUACCGCAGCUUUUUAAUUACUAAUAUUUGUACAAUCAACUUGGUAGGGCAUCCAAAAUAUCCCAAUAGAUUUAUCAGGAAUCGUAAUUUUAUUAUACCAAAUUGUGAGUGUAUUUUGCAGGGUUACCUUUCCAACUUAAUGGGAAUAUUCAUUGGGUUACUACAAUAGUUCCCAUCCUUUUCUUAAUUAUGACCGCAUUCCAGAAACCAGUAUCUGAUUGCGACACCUCCAACAACAAUUACAUUUACGAUUGGUUUACUUAUUUGACAACUUAUUGUUUACAUUUUGAAACCUUUAUAAAAAAAAUGACACAUUUAUUAUUGUUUACAUAUUUGACAAGAUAUUGACAAGAUAUUGACCGCAGAUUAGGUAAUUUUAUUCAAUUUGAUGGUUGCUUCUGUCUUUCAGAGUAGUCUGUCACAACCCCACAAAAAGUGCAUGAGAACCCAGGGGUUAUAAGAAUAAACCUUGUUGAGUCGACUCACCAUUUAAGCUGAUAUUCAUGAAAUAUUUUGAACUUGUUACUGGACCAGAUUUUUUUGAUGUAGACUACAUGCUGGGCCUAAAGGAGUUUGGAAUAGCCCAGGUUGAUUGUCGUGUUCUACACUCUACUUUUAUGGAUCUUUCACUAAAUAUACUGCUUUUUUUAUCUGGUUAUUUUGAAAUAACAAAAUAUAUUUUUGGAGCAGAACAGUAGGAAUUUAAACCCCACUUCAUUUAUAUAACACAGUCACACAUACUUGGAAUAGUCAAUCACACUUACUUGGAAUAGUCAGUCACACUUAUUUGACAGUCAGUCACACUUAUUUGACAGUCAGUCACACUUACUUUAGAAAUGGCUAUUUUUCUACUUAUUGUAUUGUGUUUAGAAUGUUCUUGUGUGUUAGAAUGUGAAAAUAUGUGGAAAGUUUGUAAAGUUGUGUUUGAACUAUUUAUUAGUUUAUGUAAAGCAGAGUUAAAUAGUAAGUGCAGGGGGGCUUUACCACACAUAAUUUACACAAAAACAAAUCUACAACAAGACACAAUACUCAGAAAUCGCAAACAAACGUACAUAUCAAAUAACAAGUUAUGAUGAACUUAUAGAUUAUUUACAAUACUGGUGUGAAUUAUUCUAUCUAUUUGUACACCAAUUUGGCUACCUUAUCUUGUACCUUGAUCAAAUAAAUUCUGCAAAACAACCAAUUUAUUUAUUUUUUUUUUUAUCUCUUUGAAAAGUAUGUAUAUCUUAGUCUUCUUACACCAUAGUAAUGGUAUUAUUAGUGUCCUAUAAAUGUUAAAUACAGGAAUUAUAUGGAAUAUCCCAUGUGACCUAACUUUCACAAGAAAGAUAAAGAGAUCCCAAUUGUAUAGAAUAUGAGGACUAUUUGCUACUGAGCUUGAUAGUGAGAAUCCUAGUCAAAACCUUGCUUUGUUGUAAACAGUCAUUGUAUUCCAUGUUACCUGUAGGUUUCCACUUCAAUUACUAAAUGCCAUUAAAAUAAUUUAUGGAGGUAAAGGUAUGACCCACAUGAUUAAAGAUACAUUAUGGAAGAAUAGAUAAAAAGCUGGCCAUUCUCACUAUAAUAGUUAAAAACUAGAUAAUGUAAAGGGAAUAUGCUGAAAAUUUCGGUCAAAAUUUAUUCACUAUAAGGUGAGAACACCUUAUUUUAAAAUCUUUGUAGCCUUGACUGUCAUUAUUACCACUGUCACGACAAUUAACAAAGUCUUGAUUAUCCAUUUUUGCCUUUCAUCAUCAACAGACGUUGAACAGCAGAUCAGAUUCAAAUCCAAUGAAAAUCAGACAGAUAAGAUGGCAUUGAGAGUUGAUUAUUGUCUUGUUUUGUUAAUAAAUGUCUAAUAAUUUAGAUAACAUUAAAGACCUGCAUUAGGCAGAUUUACUUCUUUCAUAAUUUAUGUUUAACAGUGUUUGUCAUUUGAAAUAAAAUGGAAUGCAUUUUUUAAAUAAUUGAAAGACUUGAAGUGGCAAUAAGCUUAAGCCUUUUAUUAUAAUUGCUGAAUAAAUAUAUUAAUUUAGUAGUUUAAACUCAGUUAUAAAAAUCACUCUGUUUAUUUCCCAAUAACCUUUUGAUUGCUGUCUGUAACAAUUGACCAUGAUUAAUGACAAGCACUGUAGUCUGUAAUCCCAGGGAAAAGAAAACUUGACAUAAAAUGUAGAAGUACAGGUACGUUUUAGUAUUCUCCUGUUUAAAUACAACAUUCUUCUGUGACUUUGUGGAUGAAAUAAACCAUUUUAUACCAUGA